UCAUUGUUACAAGUUAUAAAACAUGCUGAUCCUGAUGCUGAACUGGUGAAAUGCUGAUUGAUAAAACACGUGAAAGUAUAACUGAUAGUUAUAGUUGAUUAAUAAUAAUAAUAAUAUCUUUUGUAUAUUUAUAUAAUAUAAUAAAAUAAAAUAUGUAUCGUUCGCGUGUGAUAGUGACAGCAAAUAUUCCUUUGAAAAGAAAAUUUCGUAACCCGGUUAAAAAACCAGAUGAAGAUGGAACCAGUACGUUGAUAAACGUAAACAAACAAGAGACAAAUGAAGUAUGUGAAAAAAUAAUUAAAACUGAGGAGAUAAUUAACGAAAAAGUUCCUCAGGCUGACAGCACAAUAAAUAAAUCAAGUGACAAUAAAUUAAAUUCAGAAUUUAAUGACUUUGAUAAAAUAAAAGGCAAAGUUGAUGCUGAUGCUGAUAAUUCAAAUAUUUGUACUCCAGCUGCUGAUAAACCCAAAACUGAUGAUAUUCCUGUUACUGUUGAUGUCACUGAUGGUCCUGAUACUGUCACUGAUGUUCCUGGUGCUGUUCCUGAUAGUGCUGCUGAUGCUUCUGACACUGGUGUUUCUGAUGCCGAGUCAGUUUCAAUUAUUGCUGCUACUGAACCAAAAAAAUCAGUUACUAAUUCCGAGACUGGUUCCCAAUCAAAAUUGCUGUCACGUGGAUGCUUCAUGCGACCAGUGCCCAGAUUAGACGGUCAUGGAAGAAUUCGCAGGAACAGUGUCCAAGGAAGUGGAGCCAGUGCCAGCGAAUCUGAAGAUGACAGUCGCCGGCAUUUCACGGUACCAAUUAAUACCAAUGGCAUCAACAACAACAAGACAGACAGUCUGGAUAAUAAUCAGUGUAGUAUAAAAGUUAGUUUUAGUAGUAGUAAUAGUAAUAAUAAUAAUGUUAGUAAUAAUAAUAACAAUAACAGUAACACUGACAAUGAAACGUCAACUAGUCUGACGAAGAGUAACGUCAGACAGAAAAAAAAAAUUGUCAUUUCUGAAUCAGCGCGAAAACUCGCAGAAGCGAGACGAGAGUUUCAAUUGAAAUACGAAAACCACAAGCCAGAUCGUGCUAAGCUUACAAUGUAUGACUUGAUACAUUAUAAUCCUUCGACGAACCCAAUGAAGCAAAUAGAAACUUCAAAUAGAGAUAUUGCUCUGAGAUGCCAGGCGAGUGAAGAAGAGUUGGAAGCAGACAUCGAUGCUGACGAUCCGGAAGACGGUGGGAUGCCGGCGCCCCAAGUUAAAGUUGGACCUGAUGGACAAUUGAUACUUGAUGAGCAGAGUCUUGUCAUUGAGAGAACUGGUGUGGCAAAACAACGGGAAGCGCUGGCCAACAGCGAGGCUAUUAUUGAUGACAACAUCUACGGAAGCGGGUUCUAUAAACAGCGAUCGAGGAUGAAAGAGUGGCCGAAGUGGGAGACUAUUAAAUUUUACAAAGCGUUGAGUACUAUAGGGACUGACUUUUCGUUGAUGAAAAGUCUGUUCCCGAAGCGUUCGCGUAAUGACAUCAAACGUAAAUACAAAAAAGAAGAGAAAAUUAAUAGGAAGCUGGUGGAGAAAGCGCUGUCUUCUGGUUUGCAUUUUGACGUUGAUUUAUUGAAGCAGGAGUUGGAGAGCUUUGAUAAAUUGGAGGCGAUUUCAAAACACUCUGGUGAUAAAAUUAAAAAGGGUAGACGGAAGAAAGCUCAGCGUAGAAUCGCUGUCACUAGUUUGGGACAGGCGGCGUUGGACAACGAAGAAAACCAGGAGGUGACUGAUAAAAAAAGUAAGAAACCACCCGGUAACAAAAGUACAAAACCCGACCCACCAGUUAACAAAAAAAAGAAGAAACUAAAACGCGCUAGAUCAAUAUCUAUUCAGUCAAAUUGCGAUGAUUCCGCGGACGCUGGCAGCGAAAGCGACACCGAAGUCUACAGACCCCGACCAACUCGCUCAGGACGGGUUCCAAAACCCAAGAAAUUGCGAAUAAACUCAAAGCACAUCCUGGAUAACAUUCUCGGUGAUAAACUCGAUGAUGUAGAGACUCCCAGCAAAGAUACUCCCGAUCCCAUCGCUGGAGAUAAAAUACUGUCUCUAGAACGGGACGAAAACUCUGGCGCCGACAUCAGCAACGUGGAACCUGGAUCUCUGGUGAUCGUCUCCAGUGAAUCUGCCGAGGAACCCGGGAAAACAGAGGUCCAGGUCUACAUGGUAAAGUCCACUGACGCUGCUCAAAAUUCUCCAUCAGGUUCAGGUUCAGAGCCUGUUCUUGCCACAGAAAUGAUUUCCGUGGUUACUAAAAAUCUUAUUUCUCAUCACGAUGAAUUAGAUAUCGACUGAAUAAUUAUUAGAUAUUAAUUUUUUAUUAUUAUUAUUAUUAUUAUUAU